AAUCCAAAUUGGUCUUCUCUGUGUCAAUUAUUCAUUUGUUUACGGAGAGAGGGGGAGAGAGGGGGAGAGGGCAUCGGUGGUCGUUUCUUGCACCACCAUGGACUUAUUCCCAGUCUAUUCUCAAUAGAAAUAGGGCAUUUCUCUGCCUUCUUUUUGGAUCUUCUUUGAUCUAGGAAUCUAUAAAGCUCUCUCUUUUAUUGAUUGGAGUACGUUUUUCGUGGGUAGUCAAGCUUCUCUUCGCUUUCUUUGGUUUUUGAGGCACUCUUGUUUUCUGGGAUUAUUGGCAUGCAUAUAAUUAUUGGUUUCAAAGAACGCCCAAGUUUUCUCCUAUAGGUAGCUAUUAAUUUAUAUCAGAACAACAUAAAAUAGCUAAGACGGGUGCUCUUUGUUGUGUGGCCGCUGGGCCACAUGAGGCAAAAUCUAACUCAGUUGGUCGGGGAUUUUCUAUGGAUCGUAGUGAACCCCAUUGGCGAGUUAACUCAAGCUUCUCACCUCCGUCAUCAAGGAGAUGGGAUUGCAGGGAUCAGCCAGAUGGAUUAUCCCAGGAGAUUCCAGCUGCUCCUUUAUAUGGAUCAUCACUAUCUUCUCAUAGCAAAGGAAGUCGAAGUGUAAUGAGCGGUGAUCAAUAUGGAAAUCAUCAUCAUUCAGUGUCUGAUGGAGCACUUUCUUACUUUGAGAGCCCUUCGAACAAUUUACAAGCUUCUAGAUGGACUCCACCUGUGCAAAGAUAUGAUCUUGGUGAAUUUUCUACUCCUACCAGAGGAGCAAGGAUAGAUUCCACGGCAUCUCCUCAGAGCAGCGAUCGGCAAUUCACGGCCAGAGUUUCCCCUACAUCUCACAGUCUUUUCUCUCCAUCUCCUCUCACGGAAUCCAGUAGAUGGGGGGCAUCCUCUAGCAAACACCCUACCUUCCUUCCUUCUCGAAACUUUCCAGGAAGGCGCUCAUUCAUGUCAACACCCGUAUAUCCCCUAGUCUUCCACAAUCCCGUUUCAGAUGGCGAAUCAAGUGGGAUUACUGGAGCCAGUUCAAGCCACAGGAUGCUCCCUAGCGAUCACUCAAGAAACUCUCCUCCAUGGCCUGAGACCACUUUAAACCCUGACCUCAAAUUUCAUAAAGCCCUAUCAGAUUUACAGAAGGUUGGGGUCUCUCCAGACACCGAUUCAAACUCUAGGAGGGAAGGAAUUAGAUGGAGUAAUGGAAGCAGCAACGACUUUGCUUUCGAUGGGCAUGCCGUUGACAUUGCGGAGGAUAUUAAUGUUGAGAAGUGUGGGCUAUGCUACCGGCUUCUGCAGCAGAAAUCUCCCUGGAGUUUGCACGAAAUCAUCAGAAACAUCGACUUGCCUAUUGCCGGUGUUCUUCCGUGCGGUCAUGUUUUCCAUGCUGAAUGCUUGGAGGAGACGACUCCAAAGAGUCUGGUUCAAGAACCUCCCUGUCCACUGUGUCUGAAUUUGAUAAACCAUGAAGGGUCUGAUUCUUUUUCCGAGCCUCUUCAGGUGGCUCUUAGAACUCCUCGGCGGAUGAUGCGAGUUGGGAUGACUUCGAGAAGCAACCGAAACAAUAUUGAUCUUAGGCGAAACUUAUCUCAGCCAUUGAGGGCGAGUUCAUCAAUCAGAAGCCGUCUCAGGAAACGGUUAUCAUUCAAGAUUAGCAGGGAUCUUUUUGGAGCAAAAAUAUUCAGGAGGAUAUGAUCAUCUUCCGUAGCUAUAAGAACAAAAAACGAUGGCCUUUGGUAUAAAGUAGCAGACUGGUUAGCAGCUGACAAGCCCUUAGAUAUCCAUUGUUGGGGCUGUAUUAUAUGCCUUUCUUAUUUGUAUAAUAUGUUUGAUGUGUUAUAAUCCUUCCAUUUUUGUUUCUGAAACCUGUUCCAAGUUUUGUGUCAUGGCUGUAGCUGGGGAUAGUGAUACUUUAUGCUUUAAUAUCCUGUAUUCUGACUAAUCUCUUUGGAAUAUUAGCUGUAUGUAAUUUUUC